UUUUGGUGUUACUGUUCCUUUAAACAGAUUCUUUUUAAAAAUGUUACCUGUAAUUUGCACCAUUUGUUCUUCCUGUUAUUUUAACAAGAUGAAAAGCAUGCCUGAAAGCAUGGAGCUAUCACCUACUUCUUUGUAGAAGUAUGUAUAAAGGCAGCUCCACCACAUAUAUAGUUUAUGUGCAGGUUCACUACAACCUUUAUGGUGUAGAGCAGGGGUCCCCAACCUUUUUUUUGGUGAGCCACAUUCAAAUAUAAAAAGAGUUGGAGAACAACACAAGAUUGAAAAAUGUUCCUGUGGGUGUCAGAAAGGACUUUAUAGGACUUGCAGACUGGCAGCAAACAGGAGGCUCUGUUUGGCAGUACAUCUGGUUUUUAUGCAAGCACAAAUUGCUCCCAAGCCAGGAAUUCAAAAAUAAGCACCUGCUUUGAGGCCAGUGGGAGCAACAUGUUGCUCACGAGCCACUGGUUAUGGAUAACUGGUGUAGAGCCUUUGUGUAUUUUUUUCAACUUUGCUUUUCAUUGGAUAUUAUUUGUCAUAAAACUUUGAGAUGCUAGCUUUAAUUUGUAUUCAUUCUAUUUUAUCUAAGUAUUGAUGGAAGGGCUUUUACUACAUUUUUAUAUUUGUUUGCUUUUCUCAUUCUUUUUUCCUGGUUGCAUUAAAAAGCGGAUUAUGCCUUUUUAUUUGAAUUGAUUUCCGAUAUCUGUCAUCUAAAAGUAUACCACUGCUGCUUCUCUGAAGGUCUCUCAGAAGACAAGCAGGAAUGUACCACUUCCUGCACAGGUGGAAAGAAAUGAAGAAAUAUCCUUUAUCACUGGAUCUAAAUAAAGUUCUUCAAGUAGCAGAAUCUUUAGAAAAUAUUGUUUGUCGCUGUUUUGGUCCUGAAGGAGGUCAUGUCUUAUUCAUCAAAUCCACUGGCGAUCUUCUAAUUACCAGAGAUGGGAGAAAGAUAUUAGAGUCUCUUUUACUGGAUCAUCCUGUUGCCAGGAUUGUUGUACAUUCGGCUUGUAACCAUGCAAGUGUCACUGGUGAUGGUGUGAAAUCCUUUGUAUUGCUGCUUUGUGGUGUUCUCCGGGAGCUUCAGGCAGCGAUUAAUAAAAAAGAUCUGAUUUUGUCAGGAGGAACAACCAGAAAUCAAAACCAAGGACAUGUGUUAAAAAGAUUAAGCAAUCUGAUGAUGACCUUCCAAACUGAAAUACUGGAGAACAUCAUUGUAAAACAGCUCUCCCCACAUUUUGAAACAGUGUUCUUAAAGGAAACAAACACUUUGUCCAGUAGGACCAUACAGUCUGUAUUGGAUACCUAUUUCUCUGGAAGAAUUGGCUAUAAUAAUCGGGCUUUUAUAAGCAGGUUAGUUGCAGAUUAUUUUCACAGGUGCCUACCACAUAAUAAAAGCAUUGCUGAUGUUGUUCACACAGUUAUCACUUGUUUUUCGGAAUUGCACACUGAAGUUCUGGGGGAACCUAUAGAGAAUUCCAAAAUCAUUUCAGGAAUAGUGCUGCACAGGCAGUUUGCCGUGUAUUGCCCAUCAGGGGGGAAAAUCCGAGCAGUCAUCAUAACAGAACAGUUCCACCAGUAUCUCUCUGCAUCAGAUGUGACAUUUGCUGUCUGCUCAGAUGCUCAGUUGCACCUUUCCCAGAUAUUCUUGAGACAGAGGACAGAGAAGCUAAUGAAACAUUUACAAAACAUGGAAGUCAGAUUAAUACUGUCAACUGUCAAACAACCAGAAAUUGUUCUUUUUUAUGCAAAACAAAAUGGAAUAUCUGUAGUUGAUUGCCUACCAGCAGAAGAAAUUGAACUGGUUCGUAUCAUUACAGGAGCAUCUUCACUAUCCACAGCAUAUGGUGAUAUUGUUUCAAGACAACAUUUGGAUACUUUUUUAAUCACAUGUUGCCAACCAGUCUUACUGGGUUCCAGGAAGUAUGUGCAACUAACUUUUAGUCGUUCCCUUACCUUGCUUCCCCAUUCACUUGUCAUAUGUGGGCCUGUUAAGGGGCUGACUGAGCAACUUGUUUCAGCGAUCCACAGUGCUUUUAAAAUGCUUCAGCAGUUAUUUCAGCCAGUAGUUACAAAUUGUGUUGGAUUGGAUACAGCAAAAAAUCAAGGGUGUUGUAAAACAAGAAAAAGAGAAUCAGUGCAAGAACAAAACGUAACCUGUAGCAAAUACCAGAAAGACUCUGUUUGUGAAUGUAAUUCACACGGGAUAUCAUUAAAUCAUAGCCCUGAAAGUAUCAAAUGUGGUGGACACAUAGGCAGUAGGAUAAUCAAUGGAGAUAUUGUUUUACAAAUGAAUUCACCAAUUGAUAAUACUGGGUCUGUUUUGCCAGGAGGAGGAACCUUUGAAAUGUUACUUAAUUUUUACCUCCAAAGUUUUGCAAAGCAAUGCCAGGAUGCAGAAUUGGCUCUUGUUUGCAGUGUAGUUGGUAAUGCUUUGUUAAAUAUACCCCAAAAUAUUUAUAAAGCAAAGAAAAGAAAUACAUGUUUUCUAUUUAAAUAUGCCCAGUUCAUCAGUGCACUGAAGAAUAAUGAGGCCAUAGAAACAUCGCAAUUAGGUCUUGAAUCUGCAAGUUGCAAAUACCAGUUAGUGGCUUCAGUGCUUCAUUGCAUUAGUAAACUAGUGGCCAUUGACUACAUAGUGGGUGUGAAAUGCAUUCCUCCAAACACUACAAAUGACGAGUCUACAGAUGAUGUUUAACAGCACGCAAAUGUAAUCUGUAAAACAUUAGACUGUAAACAGAUACCUAAAAUGUUAUAUGCACUAUGCAUCAUGUAAAUCAGGAGAGCACCAAUGCAGAUUCACUGCUUAACAAAUCUUUAUUGCUGACUACUACACAAGGCCCCCUCAAUUCCCUUUAUUAAGUGUAAAUUGUACAGAACAUUGUGACCAUUAUAAACCAACAGUCCCAUCCCCUAAGCUUAAUAAUUGGUGGAAUAGAGAGUUAUAUACAUUAGCUGGCCUUGUCUGUGGCCUUUUCCUCCAGCCAGGCUCUGUAUUCAAGGGGCUAGCCACAGGUCUUCACACUCUGAAUUUAAAUGCAGUAGGUACAAAUUUAGCUGGUUAUGCAGACUGCGUCCUUAAGCAUAAACUGUGACUCUCACUGACAGACAGGAGGCAUUGCUGUUUUCCAAGAAGCAGUUCAUAAAACAAAGCCCCAGAGUACAAAGACACUAAUAAGUUUGUUGUUGGUUAUCUAAUGAAAUGUGCAUCUAAAUAGGAAGAAAGUCUGUUAUACUUGUCUGAGGAACUAAAGAGAAGUAUGUUCACGUAUAUAUACUUUUUUUUAGCAUGCACAAAUAAAUAGGAUUGAUGCUGAAAAUACAUUUAGACCUAUAAAAACAGGAUUUAUUCGGGCCCUGUGUUUCAUUAGUAAAAAAGAUGGCUCUGGUUGUGUGUAGAUAGACUGGAGGGGCUGUAAAGGUCAGGAGUAAUUUAUGGUUAGAAUUGGAAGGGAAGGUGAGUCCAGAAACCAAGCCAGGGUUUAGGGCAGGCAAAGCAAACUCCAAAUGACAGGCAAGUUCCAGAUAACAGGCCAAGGGAAUUAGAAUCAAGACAGGAACUCAAAAUAAACCAGGAAACAAUUCAGCAAACCAGCUCCAACAUGGGCAAAAUCAAGCAACUGCAACCUUCAAGAGCUGGUUGAGGGUUCUUACACACAAAUGUAUUAGCAAGCAUCAAGCUACGUUUGGUGCUUGUUUGUGGAAAUGCUUGGCUAUAUUAAUUCCUGCAUUCCUCUGUGCUGGAACAACAUGGAAGCAAAUGUGUGUGUGUGCGCCAUUAUAAGAGCCAUUAUAAAGACCCUUCAUUAGAGAAUUGUAGGCUGCAGCUUUUCACAAGCUCACAGGUGAAUGUAAAUAAAUGUGAUGGAUACAAUAGUUGUCAGGAUUAUUAACAAGACAAAGCCUACCAAACCUUUAUUUAUUCGGCCAGGAAUAGCACCACAACAAUUCAUUGUUUACAGACAUUGAAGUACAGACAUUUCCAAGACCAGGGGUUUUUAAGUUUACGAGCGUAAAAUUUGUUAGCUUGCUAUACCACACAAGGUUAAACCCCACAUGAUGAUAACGUUUUACUUCUGGUCAUAUUUUUCAUAGGUUGGUACUUUUUUUGCUUGGUUAAAUAAUUUUGGAAAUAAUGACCCAAUUAAUGCUUUGGUUUUACAGCAUUCUUUCUCUUCCACUGUUGAUCAACUAUUUUUAAAGGAAUAGGACCACCAUAAAAGAGAUACAUUUUGAGUGCUACAACCCCAUAGAUAUUUGGCCUGCCUUCCUGCAGAAGUACUAAAAUCCAAACUCCAAAGGGGUUUUUGUAGGAGCAUUCCAAGGAUCAAUAAAGUAUAUGCAAACUAAAAUGAAUUUCUGUCCCAAAUACUUAUUAUGGGCUUAUGUAAUAAAAGACACUGUUUGCCCAGUAGCGGUAACCCAUAGCAACCAAUAUUAUAAAAAGAUGUUUGCUUUGAAACAGGUGACCAUUAAAUUCUACCUGCUUAUUGUUAGCUAUGGGUUACUUCACCUGGGCAAACUUAGUGUCUUUUAUUAGAUAUCCCCCACUGAUCCUUGCACGUUCUGUGUAUUUUUAAAGCAUAUGAACAUUCUACUGUUCAGUAUGUAGUAGUAAUAAGUUUAAAGUUUAAGUUGGGUGGAAAAAUAUGGAUAAUAUCCCUUAUUAUCCCUAUGGAUCCCCCUAUACUAUAACUGAACCAUGUGACAGAUGCUACUCCCACCAGAGCAGAACACUAUUAAUCAUCUUGUUUAUCUGUGUAAAAAAACAUUUUGCACCAUUUCUUCCUCCCCCACAUAGCAAAGGCAAAACAAGUAUUUGUUUGGUUGGCUUUUACAACACUGAGCCAGUAAAGGUGAUUACAGUCUUUGCUACCUUAUACAGAACAAUAUUUAUGAAUCAUGCCUAAUCUGUAUCUUGCAGUAAUAACUGACUGGUUCAUUAUGGUUAUGGGUUUAUUUAUUUUUAAAUACAUAGAGUAUGUAUGUUAAACUUACUAACACUUAUUUGAAUUCCUGUUAUUUGAUACUAGCAAUUGAUAUUUGAUCUUGUAACCUUAAAUAAAGGAGAAGUAAGCUUUAUCCGAGAGGUCUAUGUAAAUAAAACCAUGAACACUCACA